CACUGCGUGUCGGCACACGAACAAUGGGUAGACAUGGCGAUGCUGUGUCACCUACUUGCCGUGUGCGGUAUCGUCUGUUUAGCGGCAGCUGAAGCUAAAAUGGACUUCCAAACCCUGUACAUGAGCGACACCUGUCGCACAAACGGUCGUGAGCCGAUGCGGUUUAAACUUUCAAGCACGGGCAACCUCUCCGUGCUCACGGUCCGGUCCCAGCGCGACGACUCCACCCCGUGGUGGGACAUUUGGGGAAGCUGCACGUCCACUCUGCUAGUGACCAGUCCACGAAAAUCGCGGAUCACAAUGACCAUCGAGGAACUGGACAUGUACUCCGACCCAAAAGAGAACUACUGCAUCGAUUUCCUUGAUGUUCGGUAUCUGAACUCCCUUGUGAGUCGGUUCUGCGGGUCCCUGGACGACACCUACCCAAGGACGUUCGCUUCAGUUGGCAACAAGCUGUACCUCAGGUGGAACUUUUACACAGCCUCGGCUAGCACGAGGGGAUUUACCGUUCUACUCACGGCCUUCACAGAACCAGUGAGCGGUAAAAACUGCACCCCUGCUGAUUCUGCAAGCGACGCUCAGUUCCUUUGUGCUAACGGUCGCUGCAUCGAUGCCAGGUGGCGCUGCGACAAGCACAACAAUUGCGGCGACGCAUCGGACGAAAAAGGUUGCAGAGACGAAGACAGUUUCCUGGUGAUCCUGAGCAUCUGCGUAUGCACCUUAGUAGUCAUCGUUUCAGGCAUCACGGCCACAGUGAUUUGGAUGAGGUUUAACAAGCCUCACAGUCAAGGCGCUGCCCUCACAAGCGUGCAGACAGCCUACAGCAUCCCCAUUAACUCGGACAGCUCACACACAAUUCGGCCAUACAGUCAUCAACGGUGUAACACGGGCACGGCAGUAUUGAGGUCAUCCGGCAAUUGCCACUAGGUCAUGUAAUGGGCAACGUACGACAUCGUGCAGAAGUGGAUCCGGCCACUCAUUUCAAGGGGGGCGGUCGCCUAAAGUAACACCGAAGAGGGAGGUCGUGGUCAUGACUGUUUUUACUAGCAGAGAAACCCCUCACAGUGAUUUCACUCACUCGUCAUGACAGGUGAUUGGAAAUGGACUGCGAGCACUUAAUGGAGGUAAGGGGGGUGCUGACAGAGUUGGAGGGGGGGCUAUCGCCUCUACUGCCGCCCCCCUCUGGAUCCACCACUGGACUCCUGUCAGCGAUACCGUCUUGCGUCGCAGAAUUAUGCGAGCCACACGCAGAGUUUGUUGCAAGCACGAGACCCAAGGCUAGUUUUUUUAGCAAACGGUAGAGAUAGGGCUUGUACGUGUAUUUUUGUGUGCCACUAGUCGACUUGGAGGAGCUACUUGAAUACUCGAAGCAAGCGCUCAAUAUAAACUGUUCUACCAGCAAAUAGGGAAGACUUGCAAGAUGCGAACGUAGACAAUUUUGUUGUACUAUUUAUGGUCUAGGACACCAGAAAUUACAUAGUGCAACUUUUCUUUGCGAUGGUUGUGCCAGAUGGCUGCCAAAAAGAUGUCAGUGCGAACAGUCAUGUGGUCAUGGCUUAUAAUUUUUCAAUAUAGUUCUAGGGUUUAAUGUGCCAAAAUCACGUGUACGAGGCACAGAAUCUACAAAUUCUUGGCCACAAGGCAUUCUUCGAUGUGGACAUAAACCAAAGGCAUACAAGUGUUUUUGCAGAAAGGCAUCUUGAAGGGCCAGUUUAUCCAUCCAGUUCUUGUGCUGUUCCCCUCGGCAAGCGUUUUUGCAUUUGUCAAAGGGAUCGAUUUAUAUGUGUAGUUUGAAGUCCCAAAACCGCCAUAUGAUUACAAGAGAUGUCGUAGUGGAGGGCUCUGGAAAUUUUUGAGCACCUGGGGUUCUUUAGGGUGCACCUAUAUGUGAGCAUACGGGCCUAGAGCAUUUUGGCCUCCAUCGAAGGCUGGCUGUCGAGUGUGUUGUACCGUGUACUGGCGCGACGUGCCGUCUCGACGAUAUAAAGCAGGGGCCCUACGACACCUAGGAGUCUUAAUGUGAUAGUACGAGAGCUCACGCUCGACGAAAAACCUGUCUCGGUUAAAACUGAAGUCCCGGCUUUUCACAUCUAUUCCAGAAAAAAACUUCGCCGAGUCGGGUUUGGUGGCCCAAUUAGUUCGAACAGCCACCACAGUCGGGAUUCGAUCCCGCGACUUGCAAGUCAGCAGCC